AUGGAAGAGUUUCGAUUUGCCUACAGCCGGCUGUGCCAGGAGCGCGGCACCGAGCCCCAGGAGUCGGUGUUGCGGCGGCUGCAGGAGUCCCGCCUGGGUCAGCUGGACCUGACCACUCAGACGCUGACCGCCGACACCUGCGGGGCCCUGGGCCGGCUGCUGCAGAGCCAGACGCUCUUCACUGAGCUGGUUCUGAGAGACUGCAUGCUGAGCGAGGAAGGGGCCAGGCUGCUGUUGCCAGGACUCGGCUCCAACACUGUGCUUCGACGGCUGGACCUGAAGGGUAACAACCUCUGUGCUGUGGGAGCUGAGGUACUCGGUAAACUGCUGCAACAAAACAAGUCAAUUCAGAGCCUCACCCUGGAGUGGAACAACCUGGGCACUUGGGAGGAGGCCUUUGCUACAUUCUGCACGGGACUGGGGGCCAACGUGGCUCUGCGGCAACUGGACCUGCGUAACAACCAGGUCAACCACAAGGGGGCGGAAGAGCUGGCCCUGGCCCUGAAGAGCAACUCCAGCCUCCAGCAGCUGGAUCUUCGCUGGAACAAUAUCGGUCUCCUCGGGGGACGGGCCCUGGUGAACUGUCUCCUCAGCAACAGAACCCUGCGAAGGCUGGAGCUGGCAGGGAACAACGUCCCAGGGGACGUGCUCAGAGCUGUGGAGCAGGCUGUGGAUCACAACCAGGACCGACAGGCGGUCUUCCGGGAGAGCCAGGCCCGUACCCAUGUGCUCAGCAAGGAGGUCCGAAGCCUGCGUGAGGAGAAGUCCAAGCAGUUUUUGGACUUGAUGGAGACCAUUGACAAGCAGCGAGAAGAAAUAGCCCGGAACAGCAGGGCAUCAGCCGCCCGCAUAGGCCAGCUGCAGGAUGCUCUGAACGAGAGACACUCCAUCAUCAAUGCUCUGAAGGCCAAGCUGCAGAUGACAGAGGCUGCCCUGGCGCUGUCGGAACAAAAGACCCAGGACUUGGGGGAGCUGCUGGCUGCUGCAGAGCAGGAACGACUGAGCCAAUCACAGAAACAGUCAAAGGAGUGGCGGCUGGAGCAGCAGGAAGCCGUGGCACGUGAGUCCAAGCUCCUUAGGGACAUGUCAGCGGCCCACGAGAAGAGCCUGCUGCUGCAGAACCAGGUGGACGAACUGGAGCGGAAGGCCAAGUCCCAGCAGGAGCAACUCUUCCUGGCCAGGCAGGAGCUGACCAACACAUCGGCGGAGUUGAAGCUGCGUGCUGUCCAGGCUGAGGAGCGCCUGGACCAGGAGAAGAGGAGGUUCAAGCAGAGCCUGGAGGACUCAGAGCAGCUCCGUAUCAGAGAGGUAGAACACAUGGCCCGCCACGUGGAGGAGAGCGAGCGGGUCCUGCAGGAGCGGGUGCAGAGGCUGGAGGCUACAAGACUGACCCUGGAAGAGGAGCUGAGCCGAGUGAAGGCAGCUGCACUCAGUGAGCGAGGUCAGGUGGAGGAGGAGCUCCUGAAAGCCAAGACUCAAGUCCGUCUGGAGGAGCAACAGCGCUUGACCCACUUGGAAGAGAAGCUCCGGCUCCUGACGCAGGCUCGAGACGAGGCCCAGAGCACCUGCCUGCAGCAGAAGCAGGUGGUGGCUGAGGCCCAGGGUCGGGUCAGCCAGUUCAGCCUGCAGGUGGACAGUCUGCAGCGGCGCCUGCAGGAAUUGCAGCAGGACCUGAAUAACAAGGACCAGGAGAAGGUGGUGGAGGUGAACCGGGUGCGGGUGGAGUUUCAGGAGCAGAUGGGGCGCCUUCAAGCUGAACUCACAGCUCAGGAAGGGUUGAGGGAGAAGAUAUCCGCCCUAGAGCGUCAGCUGAAAGUGAUCUCAAAUGACCACCGGGAGGCGCUGCUGGACAGAGAGAGUGAGAACGCCUCCCUACGAGAGAAGCUUCGACUCAAGGAAGUGGAGAUCGCGCGCAUAUGCGACGAGGAGGCUCAGAGGGCCAGCUUCCUGCAGAACGCAGUCCUAGCUUACGUUCAGGGGGCUCCCCUGCGGAAUCUGAGCCCUCACAAGUGA